ACCACACUGUGCGUCUCUCUGGAUAUCACACUGACAGUUUCUGAGUAGCCUUGCCCAGUCCAUCAUGAUUGGGAACUAGGCUAUUCUUAGUUGUCAGGUUAUGUAUUGGGCCGCUGAGUAUUGACUGAUGGACUGCCAGUGCCAUAGGAUACAGGCUACUUGACAUCGCUGUAAGAUUCAACAUGAACAAUCCUAUGAAGUUGGCACAGUCGACCGCGAUACGGGUGGAAGUAAAACGACACGAAAACCUCAAAAACUCCUUCGCCAAACUCUUCAAACAGUUGGACAGAAUCCAAGAUAAACAGCUUCGUUCCGGCCUUACAGUAUACCUGCACAGCGUUCAAGCAGCGUGUGCCAACAGUCAGGAAUGGAUUUUGAGCCGUGCCAUCCAAGAGCUCCGUCUGGGGGUUCUGGGUAGUCUGCAAAGUGGGAAGUCAGCGUUGGUGCACCGCUACAUGUCUGGCAGCUACCUGCCUCUGGAGAGCCCCGAGGGGGGCCGUUUUAAGAAGGAAGUGCUGGUGGACGGACAGAGUCACCUGCUGCUCAUUAGAGAGGAACCAGGCCUGCCAGAUGCUCAAUUCUGUAGCUGGGUAGAUGGCGUGAUCCUGGUCUUCAGCUUGGAGAACGAGUCCAGCUUCCAGGAGGUCUACAACAACUACAGCCAGCUGUGCAGUCACCGAAAUGUAGCAGAGGUCCCCUUCAUAGUAGUGGGCACUCAAGAUAAGAUCAGCAGCUCCAACCCGCGGGUCAUAGAGGACGCCAGGGCCCGGCAGCUCUGCUCCGACGUCAGGCGCUGCUCCUACUUCGAGACGUGCGCCACCUACGGGCUCAACGUCAACCGCGUCUUCACGGAAGCUGCUCAGAAGAUUGUGGCAGUGAAAAGGCAGGCCGCUCUGUUUGCGUCCUGCAAAUCUCUGCCCAACUCCCCAAGUCACUCCGGCGGAUCUACCCCAGUGUCAGGAGCCUUCCCUGGGCAGGCAAGUAAUGGGGGCCAGAGCAGUGACUACUCCUCGUCUCUGCCGUCUACUCCGGUCAUCAGUCACAAGGAGAUUGGCGCGUCGGGGGCAGAAAAGUUGGGCAGCGCCACCCCAGGCACCCUCAGGAGUGGUCCACGCCGCCGCACAGCCAGAUUCCCAGGUCGCCAUGGAAGCGAUGAGAGAAGGAGUGUUGAUAGUAAAUGUGAUUUUGGCAGUGGAAGGGCAAUCCCCAUCAAACAGAGUGUUCUCCUGAAGCGCAGCGGAAGCUCCAUCAACAAGGAAUGGAAGAAGAAGUACGUCACCCUGUCCAGUGAUGGGGUGCUGUCCUACCACUCCAGUGUCAAUGAGUACAUGCAGAACGUCCACGGGAAGGAGAUGGACCUGCUGCGGGUGACGGUGAAGAUUCCAGGGAAGCGUCCGCCUCGAGCCGUCUCGUCGGGGGGUCCCCCUGCUGGACAGAACGGCCUGGUCAAGGACACCCCAGGAUCGGAGGGAUCAGGAGCAGCGCCUACAUAUCCCAGUGGCCUCCUGACCGUGGAUGAGGGCGGGCUGACCCUGGGAAACAGGGGGGUGCAGCGCAACCCCUCCACACUCUCCAGUAAGGCUCAGAGUAUGGACUCUUCCGUAGAGGGCGUGUCCAGCCCCACCUCUGGCAAAGAGCCUGGCCCCUCCUCCCCAAUGAUUGACAGGAAGAAGACGAGGAGGAAGAAGAGCAUGAACCAGAAAGGGGAAGCAGCGUCCGGCCAAGCUGAAGACGAGGACAACUUUGACUUCAUGGUGGUGUCCAGCACGGGGCAGACGUGGCACUUCGAGGCCCCCAGUCUGGAGGAGCGCGACGCCUGGGUCCAGGCCAUCGAGAGCCAGAUCCUGGCCAGCCUGCAGUCGUGCGAGAGCAGCAGGAACAAGACUCGGAGAAACAGCCAGAGUGAGGCGGUGGCGAUUCAGGCCAUCCGCAAUGCCAAAGGCAACAGCUUCUGUGUUGACUGUGACGCACCCAACCCCACGUGGGCGAGCCUGAACCUGGGCGCCCUCAUCUGCAUCGAGUGCUCGGGCAUCCACCGUAACCUGGGCACCCACCUGUCGCGCGUGCGCUCCCUGGACCUGGACGACUGGCCCCACGAGCUCACGCUGGUGCUCAGCGCCAUCGGCAACCACCUGGCCAACAGCAUCUGGGAGGCGUGCACGCAGGGCCGCCACAAGCCCACGCCGGACGCCACGCGAGAGGAGCGUGAGUCGUGGAUACGGGCCAAAUAUGAGCUGCGUAUGUUCGUGGCGCCACUGACCGGUGUCGCCGAGGGAUUGGACGGCUCGUUGUCGGCCCGCCUCCUGCGGGCGGUGACGGACAGGGACCUGCCUCGCCUACUCCUGCUGCUCGCCCACAGCUCCAAGGAGGAGAUCAACGCACCGAGCGCCGUGGUGAUGCACCAUAGCAACGGCAGCACCCAGCAGUCCCGCACCGCCCUCCACGCCGCGUGUCAGCUGGCCGACGUCGUCAUGACGCAGCUACUCGUUUGGUAUGGCAGUGACGUGAGGUGCCGUGAUCCUCAGGGUCAGACGGCCCUGUGGUUGGCGCGUCGCGCCGGCAGCCAGGAGUGCGCGGACAUCCUGCUGCAGUACGGCUGCCCCAACGAGAGCAGCGGCACGCCCUGCACCACCCCCACCGGCGCCUCCCUGGGCUCCCCCUGCUCCUCCUCUGGCGCUCCCCUCCCCGGCGGCAGCGGCAUGGGUGGAGGUGCGGGUGGUGCCGGUGCCGGUGCUGGUGCCACCCCCACCCUCUCGAGCAAAACCAGCGCCGCCGCCGCUGCCGCCAGCCUGAGUAGGAGCAGCUCCCGAAGGGCCGUGUCCUAACUGCACUCAGCCGUGUGUGUGUGUGUGUGUGUGUGUGUGUGUGUGUGUGUGUGUGUGUGUGUGAGAGUGCAAGGUGUGAGUGAGAAUGUCUGUGAGUGCAUUUGUUGUGUGUUUGUUACAAGCUGGUUUGCAUGCAUGUGUUUCUAUGUGUUUGUGUGCAUUAGGGUGUGUGUGUGUGAGCGUGUGUGUGUGUGUGUGUGUGUGUGUGUGUGUGUGUGUGUGUGUGUGCGCGUGUGUGCGUGUGUGCGUGUGUGCGUGUGUGUGUGUGUGUGUGUGUAAAAAAAGUGUCUGUGUAUGUGUGUAACUAUAUGUAUGUGUGAACAAGUAUGAAGGUGAGUGAGAGUGAAAGACAACAAAUCUGUUUGUAGCAUUGGUAGAGGAAAAAAGACAAAAAUGAACAGGAAUGGCUGCCAACAUUGCAACCAGUGUGUUGCCACUGUGUCGGUGUAGGGGCCCACCUGUACUUAGUAGUGUCCAGACACCAGGCCAAUGGUGUCUCUUUCUAUCCCACACAAACAAACACACAAUCAUACUGUAGUGGAAAGGCAACAGACAACCUGUUUGUGAGCUCCUCAGCAUAAGGCGACUUUGUGUGUGUGUGUGUGUGUGUGUGUGUGUGAGUGUGCACAGUUUGGCCUGUGUGUCUGUGUGUACGUGCACAAAAGCAUAAAUUCUACACCUUGGGACAGCAGGAAGGAGUGCAGCUUCACCUCUUCAGUUCUCCAACGAACCCCAUAACCCCUCUCCCCCUGCACACACACACACACACACACACAUACAUGCACACCGACACGCACACGGACGGACACACACACACAAACUCACACACACACUGACACUCACAGUGUGUGGUGUAUUUUAAUGACUUUGCUUUGCCAGAGAGAGCAGGAGCAAGCUUGUCGGGCCAAGGGCCACUGCCCGCUGCCCGCUGCCUGUGGACUCUGGCCUGCCUCCAAAGCCAGUGCUCGAAUGACCGCCAGUUGCCACAGCACUGGAGAACAAACCAGUCGGACAAAAGGGAACCUUUAAUAAUAAGAGAAACGGAUCCGAGGACACAUACAGGAUGGACAUCUGUUCCGGAAUCCAGUCACCUCAUCUCUGGUACUGGACUCCUCUGAGGAGAGGGACGGCGGGUUAUGUUUUCCAAGGUCACCAGAAUGGGGCAAGGUCACUGGUAACUUCUCUGCUGAGUCUUCAGGAUGAAAAGGAGAUGAUGCGUCAUGAAAAUGAUUCUGAUGAGCUAACUGUAUUUUUAUGUGAAAAAAAAUGGAAGUCAUGCUAAAAGAAUGAAGUAAGACAGCUUUACAAACUGUGAAUGUAAUGAAAGCAUUCAAAUGCUGAAAAUGAAUGAAUUCUAUUAGACACCAAUGGGGACAAUAGUAAGACUGAAAGCCCUUUCACAGAAAUCUCAACACAUGGAAUGUCCAUCUGCUGUCAAUCAAAGCGGGAAAAACUGCUGAGUUGUGUUAUUAUAUUCAUACGAUGGUACACUCAUAGAAAUAGUCUGCCAAAAAAAAAAUAAAAAAAAUCAAUGUAUGGAAUUUUUACUUCAAAAAGAGCAGACAAAUAAUUGUACAGGAUAUUCAAAAUGCUAUGAAGAAAAAAAAAAAGAUUGUUAGACUUCAUUAUAUCACCGAUGACGAAUAGUGUUCCCAUGUUUAAAAACUGUGACUGUA